AAUUGAAUUAAAUUAAGAUCCAUCCACUUUCACUAUUCCUAAUUCCCAAAAAUGGGUGUUGCUUUACUCUCUCUGUACUCCAUUUUCAUCAUCUUAGCCUUCAUUCCGUCCUUGGAUGCCGAAGAUGAUGCCGGUUUCACGGAGUGCAGUCAACCCUUCAACUGUGGCAGCUUCAAAAACCUCUCUUAUCCUUUCUGGGGCGACCGUCGACCUCAAUAUUGCGGGGAGGAUGGUUACAAACUUAGAUGCAAUGAAAAUGUUCAGCACCCUGUUAUGGAAAUCAAUGGCCUAGACUUCUUUGUGAUCGGAAUCAAUCAAUCUGGCACACCCCCGAUGAUGACCCUUUCCCGAAGACAUCCUUGUCCCACUCCCAUUCCCAUUCCCACUCACAUUCCCAUUCCCUUGAAUUACACUCUGUUUAUUCUUCUUACAGCGACUGACAGUAUAACUCUGCUUAGCAACUGCUCUAAGUCCGGCCUCUCAAGGAAAGCGAUGAAUACUUCCUGCGCCGCUGAUGGUAAACCGGGCAACGUCUCCUUUUUCUUGAGGGAUAAUAAAACGAAGCUUUUGGAUUGUCGAGAAAAAGUGGAAGUUCCGGUUCCAAAGGAGGCUCUUGAUGAAUUUAAGUAAUACUUUUGUAAAACAAAAGAUUGAGGCAAAUGGGGACUUGUAAUGAGCUGAAUUUUCAUAUAUUAAUGUGAAAUUUUUUUUAAUAUUAUUAAUAAUUGAAUGAGUUUUAU